CCCCCGGCAAUGCCCCCGCGUCCUCUCCCCGAUCCAGCAACCUACACCUCUCCGCCUCAAUCCCCCAUCCGCAAACCCGUCCCCGUCCCCGUGCCUGCCUCCCCCUCAACAAGAGUCGACCGCUUCCUCACCACCAACAACCCCCCCACCUCCCCAAAACCGACCACCCACCGCCCGGCCGACUACACGACGACCGCCGAGGUCGACGCCGAGAACAACCGCCGCCUCGCCGCCCAGCAGAAGACCAAGGCCGGCGGCUGGGCCUCCAAGUCCCUGCUGGAGCGCGAGAUGGAGCGCGAGCGCGAGCGCCAGCGCGAGUGGGAGGAGAGCCAGAAGCAGACCCAGGAGGCCGCCGCCCGGGGACUCCGCGACGGCUCGCUGGGCUCCGGCCCCGGCCAGGGCGCCUGGGACGUCCACCAGUACGGCUACAUGGGCGGCGACAACCAGAACCGCGGCGGCCCCGGACUCGGGGUCGGCGGCGCCCGGAGGCAGAUUAUUGGGCCGCGGCCUGCGCCUUGAUCUUGUCACUUGGAGAAAACUCACUGUGCCUGUUUAGCUUUCUCGGAAUGCGUCUGCGCUGGGGAUGUGCUUGGAAAUGUAGUUGGUAGGUAGCGGUUGGCUAAGAUCUGGUGGAUGUUUUGGGAGAUCUAGUGAUGGAUCGAUGGAGGGGAUUUAGCUUACUGAGGAUGUUCCUUAUUUUAUACCCGUUUUUUUUUGGCUGUCGGCAUGAUAGCUACUAUUUGGGAAUUGAUGUGCAUUUAGUAUGCGGUUUGUUGGUUUUUGCUUUCGUUGACUGGUCC